AUGUCCUCUCCCAAAGACUCUCAAGAAUGGACACAAGUCUCGCGCAAAUCUCGCAAGAACAAAUCCAAGUCCACAAAAUUCAACCAAGAUUCAUCUUCCUCUCACUCACACAUCAAUGCCAACCCUGUGGUUCCAAAUACCGAAAACCUGUAUUCUCCAGCCGAGCUUGAAGCAUCGUACAGACGCCAUCGCGAGCGCUGGGAGUCUGAACCAUCCUGCACAAAGGUGCGCGACAUCAUUUCGAAUAAAGCCUCCGGCCUCAAAAGAAUUAACCGUGCAGUGAAUUUCGGCGUUGGCACGUUUGAUCCAAAGGGGGCGAGUGACCCCAGGGCCUCAUUCGUGCAGCUCGCUGCUUUUGACAUCAUUGUGGAAGAACUGGAGAAAAUUACAGGUAAAAAAAUCGAAACUUAUAUUCAAGAUCCCAUGUUCAGUGCCUCCGAUAAGACCUUCCUCGGCAACCUGGGACAUGCUGUCGUUGAAGAACCAGCAGGAAACGACCUUGUCACCCCGACCACUUUCUUCUUCGGUGUUCAUCUGUACAAGGGCGUCUACAAAGAAGCAUUUGCAAAGCAUCUCCCUGCUCUCUUCAUUGGAACGGGAUGGGAUGCCUGGGAGAGUAUGAUGACCUCAGAUGGUCUUGACGAGAUUCAGGAGAUCCAAAAGACGUACGAGCGUUCCGAGUUCCCAGAGGAGAAGCACGACACGGUGUUUUCUACAACGACUAUUUACUGGAAGGCUACGGAUGAGGCUAAGGAGGAAGAGGAGAUCAAGGAGGGAGGAAAGAGUAAGGGAAAGGUGAAGGAGGAGAGUGACAGUGCCGAAAACAAAGAGAAGGAUGAGGAUGAGCUGUCUAAGAAACUCGAGUCGACUACUAUCUCUGAAUAA